CUUGAAGUAGUCCCUGAAUUAUCAUCCAAUCGAUGCAUGGCCACUAGCGAUUAACUCAGGCGGGCGUUCGCCUUGGCUUCGACUUCUCUCCUGCAAACCCCCAAGGGCAGUGAGGGAGCACAUUUUCCCCAACUUCAUUCUCUCGUUAUCCAAAAACCUACCUAAUCGUGCAGGCAGGCAGCGCCUCCUCGCCUCCUCUAAUCUACUCAUCACCCAUACAGUCCCUCGUUCACCUACCCUCUGCAUGCCUUGAAAAGAAAAACCCACGUAUGCCCCAAUUUAUCCCUGGCAACACCAGCAACAACAACACCACGGGCCUCGAGCGGCGCCUGGGGGAUCCGAACGUCGAGGAGUAUGUGUUCCCGAUCCUGAUCGCGCUGGCGUGGUGCAACGCCCUGGAGCUGCUGGUGCUGUGCUUCAACACCUUCAAGCGGUACGCGGGGCCCUACUUCUGGAGCCUGCUGGUCGCCUCGGUCAGCAUCCUGCCCUUCGGGCUGGGCUACCUGCUGAAGAUGUUCGACAUCACGGCGACGCACUUCUACCUGGAGAUCGCCAUCUCGGACCUCGGCUGGGCCGGCAUGGUGACCGGCCAGUCGCUGGUGCUCUGGUCGCGGCUGCACCUGGUGCUGCACAACCGGCGCCUGCUGCGCGCGCUGUUCUGGCUGAUCGUCGCCGACGGCGUGCUGCUGCACGGCUGCGCCACCGCGCUGGAGUUCGCGACCAACGCCCGGCCGGACUCCCGCGCCGUCGCCCUCGCGUUCGGCGUCGUCGAGCGCAUCCAGGUCACCUGGUUCUGCGUCCAGGAGCUGCUCCUCUCCGGCGUCUACAUCGUUGCCACCGCCCGCCUGCUCCGCCUCGACAGCGGCAGCCCCGCCUCGCGCCCCCUCCUCUCCCAGCUCCUGCUCGUCAACGUCCUCAUCGUCUUUCUGGACCUCGCCGUCGUCGCCAUCCAGUGGGCCGGCUUCUUCACCUUCCAGGUCACCUUCAAGGCCCUCGCCUACAGCAUCAAGCUGAAGCUCGAGUACAUUAUCCUGGGCAGGCUCGUCGAUGUCGCCCACAUCCGCACCCAGGGCGCCGGGCCCCGGUUUCGCAUAUAGACACACAGAUGGGACCAUUGGAGCUAGGCGGGACGCAGCGUAUGACCGUUUUACGGCCCUUCUUUUUUUCUAUGUAUAUACUUCAUCUUUGUUUUUUAAAGCCGUG